AUGGCGUCCAAAGCAAGUGAAGUAGGAGCGCGCUCGCACAGACCCAUGAAUGAUGAAAAUAUCGCUGACGCACUAAAUGAAUCUGAAUUCGACUAUUUGGGCGAUGAUUCAGAUUGUGAUCUGACCUUCAAACCUCCGGAACUUGACUGUCAUGUUGUUGCAAUUGGUGCUAAUGAUUCCGAUACGGACAUUACAGACUCGGAUGAUUCAGAUAAUGCUACUGAAUCAGAUUACCCUGCACCUUCACCUACGUUAUCUACUGACUCCAGGGCUCCAAGGUCACGAGGAAGAGCACAAAGCAGACGACCAAGCAGAGGUCGUUCAGUUACAAAUCCUCGUGUAAUCACACUUCGCGGAAACUCUGAAAAUGACAAUUAUAAGCUUAACUUGGGUACCAAGCUGAUUGAAGAUAAUGACACGGAGAGUGAUAGCGAGAGUAAUCCAGACCAACUGAAAGAGUUGGAACCAAAACAUAAGAAGCGCAAAGUUAUGAUCAAACCAGUUCCAUCCAAGCAAAGACGUCUUCAGAAAGCAUCCCAUAUGCCUGAUUAUGGACCAAAGCAAUCAAGAUGCAGAAAUAAAUCUUGCGACAAAAAGACCACAGUCUUCUGCAAAAGAUGUGAAGUGUACCUAUGUUUCGUGCCUAACAGAAACUGCUUUGCAAGUUUUCAUGAGAUAGUUGAGGAAUGA